GCUGUUUUCUACUCUGGCAUUUUCUGACCUGCAUCAAUAUUCCACCUGAAUUGGACCAAUCAACUGGCUAAGUAAAAUGCUAAUCUGCUAGCUAAGCAACAUGCUAACAGCUUCCUAAGCUACAUGCUAACCUACUGGCCAAGCUACAUGCUCACCUUCUAACUAAGCUUCAUACUAACCUGCUGACUAAGCUAAAUGCUAACCUGCUAGCUAAGCAACAUGCUAACAGCUACCUAAGCUACUUGCUAACCUACUGGCUAAGCUACAUGCUCACCUUCUAGCUAAGCUACAUACUAACCUGUUGGCUAAGCUAAAUGCUAACCAGCUAGAUAAGAUACAUGCUAACAGCUUCCUAAGCGACACGCUAACCUGCUAGCAAAGCUACAUGCUAACCUGCUGGCUAAGCCACAUGCUCACCCUCUGGCUCAGGUACAAGCUAUCCUGCCAGUUCACACCAGGGCGGAUUACAGCAGAGGGAGCAACAUGCAUUUUGCGGUGCUUUCAUGCACUCACAUGCACAUACAAACACACCCUGCUGCACUGGGUGCUGCGUGCAGACGGUCUGUGGUGGAGGUGAACUGAAGAUGGAUCCUCCUCUUCCACCAGUGAUCCCAGCAGGUGAGGGGAGACCCCUUACCAGAGCAGAGUUUCUCUCCUUGUUAACAACAUACAACUGUUACCUGAAGGAAAACACUCAACACCACCUCAGUUACUGUCAGGGCGAUGAAGGGGGCGUGGCUUUGGAGGGUCUUCUCAACAUCUCCUGGGGAGUCCGCCGGCCAAUCAGACUCAAGAUCCAGGAUGAAAAGCAGACACUCCCCAUCACUCACCUCAUGUCACCUGAUCCGGGAGGACCAGUCCUCAGUCCUCUGGAUGACAAAAGGGGUAUGACGAGAUGGGGAGAGUAUAGUGACCUCCAUCAGAUCGAUGAGAUGUCUGAGACCACGUCUGAGACAACGUCUGAGACAACGACCAAAGGUCCUCGUAUCUACGAGUCCACCACCCUUCGGCCUGAGAAGCCCAAACCCCUGGAGCUGGAGGCAGAGUCUAACCUAUUCCGCUGUAUGAGCGAUGCCUCAUUGGUCAAGAGGAGAAGGGGGCGAGGCAAGACGGCUGCGCAACGCGAGAGAGAAAAGCAGCAUCGGUUUUCUAUCAAUGGCCACUUCUAUAACUAUAAGACCUCUAUUUUUAUUCCCUCCUUCGGUACUCCCACCAAAGUCAGGAUCUCCAGCCAGAUGAGAACUCACCAGGUGAUAGAACAGCUACUGCACAAGUUCAAGAUAGAGAAUGACCCCCAGGACUUUGCUCUCUACUGCCUCCACCAGACAGGAGAGAGGAGGAGGCUGACUGGUCAGGACCAGCCCUUAUGGGAGCGCUUCCUGCAGGGUCCCUCCGAGGACAUUAUGAAGGUCUUCCUGAUGGACAGCGAUGAACAGGAAGUCAGCAACGAUGUGGCUCAAUAUCUGAACCUAGAGCUGCCCAUCCUAGAGCAGGUUCUGCUCAAACUCAAAGAAGCAGAGAAUCGAGAAAUACAUACCGUCAUCACCAAAUAUCGUCAUCAGCAAAGUUUGAUGUCUCACAUGCUGAGCAGCCAGAGCACUCACAUCGAGACCAGUGUCUGACCAGGAUAUUCACACCUGUUAACCUAACAGAAUAAAAUUUGAAAUAUUAA